AUAAAUCAGUAGAGAAUGAAGGUUUUCUUAUUAGCCCAUUACUUAUCGUGCCUAUAGUAAACUCAACCCGCUGCUAGCUUCCUGAGUAGUACAUCCUCUUGACGUUGACCACGCGCUUUCCCAUCGCAGAGGAUCAUGUCCAUGUUCACCUCCAGCAGCUCCGGCGUGCCGUCCCCGUCUCCGGAGGCGGGCAGCAGCAUGGUCAGAACGGCGCGGCAGCCCCAGCGCCAGGCGUUUGACUACUUCGUGGUUCUAGACUUCGAGGCGACGUGCGAGAAAGGCGCGCAGAUCUACCCGCAGGAGAUCAUCGAGUUCCCCUCCGUGCUCGUCGACGGCGCCACCGGCGACCUCGACUCCGCCGAGUUCCGCACCUACGUGCGCCCGCAGCACCACCCCGCGCUGACCGACUUCUGCAGGGACCUCACCGGCAUCCGGCAGGCGGACGUCGACGGCGGCGUGCAGCUGGCCGAGGCGCUCCGCCUGCACGCCGCGUGGCUGCAGGACUCGGCGUGGGCCAGGAGCGGCGGCUGCUUCGCCGUCGUCACGUGGGGGGACUGGGACCUCCGCACCAUGCUGGAGAUGGAGUGCCGCUUCAAAGACCUCGCCAAGCCGCCCUGCUUCAACCACUGGAUCAACCUCAAGAUCCCCUUCGCCGCGGCGAUGGGCGGAGGUCGGUGGGCUGCUCUGCGGUCGGCCGUCGAAGCGGCGGGGCUCCAGUGGGAGGGCCGCGCGCACUGCGGCCUCGACGACGCUCGUAACACGGCGCGGCUUCUCGUGGAGCUGAUGCGGCGCGGCGUCCAGCUCAGCAUCACGACCUCGACCCCAUCGCCUCAGGUAACUGUAACUCCAUACGGUGGCGCCGCCGCGGCGUGCUACUGCUACUGCGGGGUGGCGAGCAGAGGUGGCGUGGUGGCCGUGCCGGGGCCGAUGCAGGGGAGAUGCUUCUACGGUUGCGGUAACUGGACGCCGUCCAUGGGAGCAGCGUGCUCCUACUUCACGUGGGCAGAUUAAUUGCUACUCAAUCCAUGGGUUUGGAUUUGGAGAAUACGCUAUAAAUUAUAUGUGCGAGUAUCACUCCAGCUCUUUGAUUUCUCUUGUCAACACAGUGUUGACAACACUCUUUUGAGCUUGGUUUUCUUAACAACUUGAAUCCUAUUGCGUGGUGUAUUUGAUUUUGUCAUGAACUUCAAAUUCUAUACAUGUUUGAGUAUA